CAAAACAAAAAUGGCUGCGUGGAUGAUAAACUCCUCACAUCUUUUUGCGUUGUUAUUAUUCAUUUUUUAUCAUUUAAUCUGGUUUCGUACGACACAUUUCCACGCAGUGAAUUCUCCGUGACUUUUCCGUUUCACUCUGGGAGCCUUUCUGGAUCUUCUUUGAACCACGGAGCAAAAACGAAACCAGGAAAAUGAGCGGAAGUUUGAUCGGACCGUUUGAAACCAAACAUCCGCUCCUGUAAGCGCGUGUGUUUGUGAUGCUAUCCUGUCCUUUCAGUCAGCAGAAGCCAUGAAAGCAGGGAUUUAGUGUUAAAUGAUAAGAAGUUAUAUACUAACGGUUUAUUUGAUAACGCAGAAGCAACGGACCGCAGAAGAUGUGACGGUUAUUUCACUGAGUAACCACUAUGUGCUUUGCUGCGACCUCUGAGCAGGGAGAAGUAGCAGGCUAAUCUCAGCAGGAAGCACCAUGGGUUUGGUGAACUUUGUGAUAUCCACAGUUGGGAAAUGCCUGGAUGUGGCAGCUUUACUGUUGGACCUGAACUUUCUGAUCGUCCACACCGUGGUGAGGACCCUCCUAACAAUCAUUGCCUUUAUCACCAACCUCCCCACCCUGAUCCUCAACCUGCUUCUGCAUGUUGGGGACCUCACCCUGUUCUCUGCCAUGUACAUGGCAGAGACAACAUCAAACCUGGCCCAUUGGACGCUCAGCAUGCUGGGCAGCCUGGCUCUGGCUCUGGAGGGGCUCCUGGAGAGUCUGAAGAUGGUGGGCUACCUGUCCAUGCACGUCCUGCUGCGUGGGAAGGAUCACCUGUGCAGGGGUCUGGUGUCUGUGUUGGAGGGUUGUGGCAUCGCUGUCAGCUUGGUGGUUUACUUCACUAACACGGUGGUGAACUUUGCACUGAUUGCCACCCAGAAUGUCUACCUGGCGGCUGUGGGUGUGUGGCAGACGGUGUCCAGUCCGCUGCAGAAGGUGCUGGAGUUCGCCCUCACCUUCUUCACCUUCCUGUACAGCAGUCUGGUCGGAACGUCUGCCUUCCUGUGGUCUCCCUGUAAGCUGCUUCUGGAUUUCAUCGCCUCCCUUGUCCAGAUGUUCAUCUCCAUCUUCAUCCUGAACAUCUAUGGCCUCCUGCUUACCGUCACCAUCGCCCUGUUGACCACCGCCUACCUGAACCCCAGACUGAGCCGACAAGCAGCUGUGCACAUUUUGGUUUACGUGAACUCCUUCCCUGCUCUGAGAAGACUGUAUCGGGCUCUUUGGCGGUUCACCUCAGCCCUGUGGAGGACCCCGGAUGUUCUUCAGCGUAAUUUGCAGCUCCUGCACCAGAGGCUUCAGCAGCUCUACCUGCUGGAGAGAAGAUUUUGGCUUCAGCUGUCUCAUCAUCGCAGCCUGCUGGGCCUGGUGCUGAGGACAGCGCUCCAACGGGAUAACGCCAACCGAGUGAGAGGUGACGGCGACACCGGAGAGGAGCGACGGGACCCACCAGAUGGUAGAGACAGACUCCAACAGGAGCCCGGGGAUCUACCUUCAUGUAGUGCAGACAGACCACUAAAGAUGUCGCCGUCUUUAGGGAAAGACGGUAAACCUCUGCCUGCUGAGAGUCUGCUUACUCUGUUAAAAGAGCAGGAGGAGAGGAAAAAGUGCGUUAUCUGUCAGGACUGCAUCAAGACGGUGGUGCUGCUGCCGUGCAGACACCUUUGCCUGUGUAGGGACUGCACCAACAUCCUUCUGAGGCAGCCGAUCUACCAGCAGAACUGCCCCCUGUGCCGCCACAUGAUCCUGAACACCAUGGACGUCUAUCUCUAAGAGACGCCACUGAUUCCACGCAGCGAUGAGCCAGCCCCGAAGCCUUAAAGUGUUUAACACCAUACAGGGGAAUUCAUUGUCACAUUUGGGGAUGUUUUCCAUUUCUUUUCCUUAAAGCCCCAAAAUAACAUUUCCAAGUUUUUUUUUGUUUUUUUUUUGUCUUCUAACACUGAAGAAAUGUAUUUUUAUUUUAAAAGGUGCUCUGGAGUUCAAAAGAAAAUUUCAUGUUUUUUGAAAGUUUUUUAGGCAGAGCUUUGUUGGAGACUAACAGAGAAAAAUGUCAAAUUCCUCCCAUAAAAUAUUUAAUACGCUUGUUUCAGAUGUUGCAUCCUUUAAAUGAAGUACCAAGUUUUCUUUUGCUAAUCUUAGCUAAGAUUUAAAUCCUAUUAUCAUAAUUACCGCAUUUUAAAAAUUAUAACAGUUGUGUUUUACCAUUAAGGAGAUCUUUUUUUUUUUGUCCCUUUCUCUCUGUAAUCUGUGAUAUUUCCAUUUCCAUCUGAGGACCAGUCAUGCAUUUUACUUCCAGCAAAGUCCUCUGAAUAUGAUAUUUAAGAUCUGAUCUCCAAAACAUGCACAGAAUCAAAGGUUUGGACAAAGACUCCAGUUAUGGUUCAGAAAAGUGCUGUUACAUCUGAUCGAAAGACGGUUUCUCACUAUUAGAUGCAUUAUUAUCAUCCUCUCCUGCAUCGCUGAGUCUUAGAACGCCGUGCAAAGCUGUGUCAUAUUAGCGCAACACUACUUUUCUGCAAAAGUCCGAAACUAUUGCCUUUUAACAUUUUUCUGUGGGUUGCAUUGUUCAACCUUCUGUUUACCAUCAGCCCAGAGCUUUAUUUCCUGUUGUUCUGUCUAUUAUUGGGGCUUUGCCCAGUCUUCCAUCUGAGGUGUUUUAUUACGGUCACCAACAAAAUAAUCUAUAAAUGGUUUUUCCUUUCCCCUAAAACUGUGAUGAAAAAAGAUUUGUGAUGUUCAGGGGAGGAAAAUAGGACCAUAAACUAAUAAGGUUUCCCUUUUUUAGCUUGCUUUAGCUGCUCAGUUGUUGCUCUCUGAAAUGUUGAACAUAUCAGAGAUGUUCCUAUUGAUCUGUUGAAGGUUUACAGAUGUCUUUGACUCCAGAUGUUGAAGUGUUAUUAAUUGUGGGUGUGGUGGGAUCAGGGCUGAAACGUGGCCAAUUUUCAUUUUUUACACAGUAGUUGCUGCUCAGUGUGACAGCCUGAUUUAAGCCUUCUCUUUAUAAGCAUAAGCUCUGAAUGUCUCUUGUUAAUGAGCCUGUUGUCAUCCUAAGCUGCUCCUCUCAGGUAUUUCCUAAACACUGAUGGCAUUCCUUGUUGAAGUGGACUGAAAACAGCUCACAUGACUGUUAUCUGUUGCUCUGACCAGAACGAUUUCACUGUAUGAACAGUUGGGAUUUACAUGACUGGGAUAUCUGAAUGCAAUGUGGGUUGUUUUGUUGUUGUUUUUUUAAAACAAGAUGGCUGCUGUGUAACUGGAUGGUUCAUAAUAAAACA